AUGCGUUCCAUGCUCUGCCUUGCGCUCGGCGCCAUUGCUACGCUCGCCAAUGCGGCCAGCAACCCCUUCAACGUUCCCGAGGGUGGCUACACCUUCACGGCCGGAUCCCCGACGACUCUGACUUGGGAUGCCAACUCCAACGGAACCGUCAGCCUGAGACUCCAGUGGGGCGCCGUCUUCACCACCUCCUCGGGUGACAGCCUUGCCGCGGGAGUCGCCAACUCCGGUAGCUUUACCUGGACUCCUCCCGCCAGCCUGGUCAGCAGAUCUGAUUACGCGGUCGAGAUCAUCAAUGACGAGGACACGGAUGAUAUCAACUACACCCCCCGCUUCUCCGUCGCUGGUGUCACCGGCGUUGCGUCCACCUCGACUGUCAAGUCGACGACCUCCAGCUCCUCGACCACUUCCUCCUCUUCCAGCGAGAAGACCACUGGCACCGCCACCACUCUGUCCACCGUGACCAGCACUGGCGCUGUCUCUUCUACUUCUUCCGGUUCUAACUCCACCGCUGUGACUGCCUCCAAGACUUCCGCCGCGUCUUCUUCCUCUGGCUCGUCGAGCACUUCGAGCACCAGCUCUGCCACUGCCUCUAGCACCUUUGCCCCCGCCAACGCCGGCGUGGUCAACCGGGCAUCCGCUGGCAUGCUUGCGCUGAUUGUCGCCGCUAUUGCUCUUGUCUAG